UGCGAGCGAGAGCAUUUUGCCUGGUGCUUGCCACUUUUCUGGCAAUGAGGCCUGGACUUGCAUUGAAAAUUUUCAGUUUAUCCAGCAUUGGCACCAGAUAUUUUAAAGAUUCGCAAGCUGGGAUCAUCACUGAUCAUGGCAUUCAGGUGCCACGGCGUCCACCACCAGUUGACAUUGACUUAACCGCGAAUUCUCGCCAACUUCAUAAUGUGGAGUGGCACACAAAACACAAUAUUCCUCUUCCGCCGCAAUCUUCUAACAAAUCCAUCAACACAACAAAACCCACCAAUUGCAACUGCACAUGUGGUGUCAAACAAGAUGCUUUCAAGGUUGACGAUCCUGGUGAACCGCAAUUUCGUAUACUCGGAGGGAGGGAAGCCCAUUUGCACGAAUAUCCGUGGAUCGUCAGGAUGGCAGAGAAGGGUCGUACUUUCUGCGGUGGUGCAUUGAUAAGCGCCGAGUAUGUCCUGACUGCCGCCCACUGUUUGACCAAUCGAAGGAAAGAAAAUGUUCAGGUGGUGAUUGGUGACCACGAUCAAACAAUAAAUUCCGAAACAAUACACACGAUGAUGCGUCCCUUGUCUCAAAUUCAUGUUCACAAGCAAUACAAUGCGCAAACGCACGUAAACGACAUCGCUCUAUUAAAACUGAGGAAACCUGUGAAAUUCAACGAAGGAAUUCAACCAGCCUGUUUGCCUAGUUCUGCUACUUUGGAUCCUCCUGCAAGAAUGGGAGAAAUCGCUGGCUGGGGGAGAACAAUGGAGAAGGGAAUGGGUUCUGACAGAAUUUUGCGGGUGGAGGUGCCACUGUUGUCCCAGAAGGAGUGUCGGAUGAUGAUGAUAGGACCCGAAAAAAUCACUGACGAAAUGCUAUGUGCAGGCGCAAAAAACAAGGAUUCUUGCCAAGAUGAUAGCGGUGGCCCACUUAUUGUUCAGAACCCAAAGAAGGGAAAACACGAAGUUCACGGCAUUAUUUCUUGGGGCUAUGGCUGCGGACGCGAAGGUUUUCCUGGCAUUUACGCAAGAGUUUCUAAAUUCAUCGAUUGGCUUAAGAGUAAAAUGCCCAACGCCUGCCUUUGUACAUAAAUCAAUCACUCAAUAAAAUGUUUGCGCGCGGAUCUGCCAAUUUGUGCAUGACAAAAACACUCUAGUGUCCUACAUCACCGUCGUAGAGUGUAUGAGCAAAUAGCAAACCAGCGGCAAAGAAAGAGAAAUUCACACCGUAAUAAUUAUUGUCUGUUGAGUCGUGGCGUUCUUACCUUCUUUUUCUCAAAACUUUAUAUUAUUCCUCACACCUCAACUUCAUAAAAAAAAAAAAAAUAAAUAACAAUCAACCCUCAAAUGCAAAACACAAAAUAAUUCAAUUUUUCUAUAGUUGAUAUGGGCAAAAUAUAUUGAAUUUAAAAAACACGUAAAAAGGGAAAAGGAAAUUAUGGAAUA